CUUGUGUAGGUUUGUGUUUCAGAAGGUGUGGACAGAAGCCAUGUCAAACAAAUACAAUUUGAAGUGGAACUCCCAUCAUGCAGAAACAUUUCAAAGUUUUGAGAAUCUCCGCCAUAGGGAGAUGUUCGUGGAUGUGACUCUGUCCUGUAAUGGGCAGUUUUUGAAAGCCCACAAAUUGGUGUUGUGUGCAGGAAGUGGAUAUUUUGAACGAGUCCUUAACAAGGAUGGAUCAGGCACACCCACAAUUCAUUUCUAUGGUGUGGAAAUGCAUUUGCUCAAGCUUCUGGUGGAAUUCAUGUACUGUGGAGAAGUUGAAGUCCCAGCUGUAGAUCUUGAGAAAUUCAUUGAAGUUGCUGAAAACCUGGAAGUGAAGGGACUAAAAGGAGAUAAGUCUAAAAGUAGUGGAUCACAUAGUAUUAGUGGAACCACCAUCCCUGUGUCUGAUGUUCAAGAUGCUUUGGACCAUAAGAGGAAGAGUGCUGUCCAGGCAUGGUCAGGACUUGGUGAUUCACAGCCUUCUCCUGCCAAACUGCCUCGAUCUUAUACUUCUAUGCCCCGGCUUAGAUCCCAAUUCACAGGAUCAAAUUCUCAGCACAAAGAGACUCUAUCGGUGCAACCCAGAUCUCAAAGUCUCCAGACUUUUCCUGAAGCAAUUAUGAGCACAUCAACGGAUGAAGUGAUGGUCAAGGAAGAGACAGGAGAGGAGGAGGCGAAUAUUGGUCUUGAUGUGAUGAAUCCAACUCCAGCAUCUACUGCAUUGAUGGAAGAAGGUCAAUGGGAUGAGCAGUCUCAAUCAGAUGAAAUGGAAAGGACUUUUGCAGAGGGUAUUGAAGUGGAGCCUGACAUGCCAAAGAACAUUCCUUCAGAAGUUGAUCCACAG